AAACACACAAGACGGUAGUGAAUCCUAGUCGAAGAAAGAAAGGGAAUGAAUGGGGGGUGCAUAGUCGUUUUUCCACUAUUUAUUUAUGGUUGCUUUAUUAAAAAGAGAAAUAAAAUGAAAACACGGAGAGAGUGCGUAGAUUUUUAUUAUUAAAAUAAUAAUACAACUGGUAGUUGCAAGUAGGAUGCAAGAGUAGAUCGUUGACCUCCUUCAUCUUCAUCUUCAUCUUCUUUCUUCUUCUUCUUCGAGCUAGGUACGUGCUUUGAUACCCUUUUGUCAGUUCUUUAGAUCUAUAUCAAUCAAUCAAUCAAUCAAUGAAUGGAUAUUUUUGAUUGGAUGAGGAAAGCGUUGAGUGUAAGCUGGGGACUUUGAUUGCUUGAUGGGCAACGCAUGCCGUGGAUCUUUCCGAGCCAAAACUUUUCAGGGCAGCUACCCUCAGAACCAUUCCACUUCCAAGCAUAGUAAAGUAGAAGAAGAACAACAACCAGACCCAGCCCCCCUCGUCGUCAAAGAUCAUAGCACCAGCACCAAGAAUAUGAACCAUCGCAGCAGCGCUAACCAGUCGUGUUGCGUUCUGGGUCAUAAGACCCCUAACAUUCGGGAUCUCUACGCUCUCGGUCGUAAACUUGGACAAGGCCAGUUUGGGACCACUUAUUUAUGCACCGAAUUGUCCACCUGUAUCGACUACGCCUGUAAAUCUAUUGCCAAGAGAAAACUCAUCUCCAAAGAAGACGUUGAAGAUGUCCGCAGGGAAAUUCAGAUAAUGCACCAUUUGGCUGGUCACAAGAACAUCGUUUCCAUCAAGGGUGCUUAUGAGGAUCCCUUGUAUGUUCAUAUUGUCAUGGAGCUUUGUGGCGGCGGUGAGUUGUUCGACCGCAUCAUUCAAAGAGGACACUAUACCGAGAGAAAGGCUGCUGAUUUGACUAAAAUUAUUGUUGGUGUUGUUGAGGCAUGCCAUUCCCUUGGAGUUAUGCAUAGAGAUCUCAAACCUGAGAAUUUCUUGUUGGUUAACAAGGACGAUGAUUUCUCUCUCAAGGCCAUUGACUUUGGACUCUCUGUAUUCUUUAAGCCAGGCCAAAUUUUCACAGAUGUUGUUGGGAGUCCAUAUUACGUUGCUCCUGAGGUGCUUCUGAAGAAUUACGGUCCAGAAGCAGAUGUUUGGACAGCAGGAGUCAUACUCUAUAUCCUGCUAAGUGGUGUUCCACCAUUCUGGGCUGAAACACAGCAGGGGAUAUUUGAUGCAGUUCUGAAAGGGCACAUUGAUUUUGACUCAGAUCCUUGGCCUUUAAUAUCUGAGAGUGCAAAAGAUCUCAUCCGGAAGAUGUUAUGCAUGCGACCCUCAGAGCGGUUAACUGCUCAUGAAGUACUAUGUCAUCCUUGGAUUUGUGAAAACGGUGUUGCUCCAGAUAGAGCACUUGAUCCUGCAGUACUUUCUCGCCUCAAACACUUUUCUGCAAUGAACAAGUUAAAAAAGAUGGCUCUGCGGGUGAUUGCUGAAAGCUUGUCGGAGGAAGAGAUUGCCGGUCUUAAGGAGAUGUUUAAGGCCAUGGAUACUGAUAAUAGUGGUGCAAUUACAUUCGAUGAACUAAAAGCUGGUUUGAGAAAAUACGGCUCUACUCUAAAGGAUAUAGAGAUACGGGAACUUAUGGAUGCGGCUGACGUGGACAAUAGUGGAACUAUUGACUAUGGAGAAUUCAUUGCAGCAACUAUUCACCUUAACAAACUGGACCGCGAGGAACAUCUCAUGGCAGCAUUUCAGUAUUUUGACAAGGAUGGAAGUGGUUAUAUUACAGUUGAUGAGCUCCAGCAGGCAUGUGCAGAUCAUAACAUUACGGAUGUAUUAUUUGAGGAUAUUAUCAGAGAAGUUGAUCAAGAUAACGAUGGACGCAUUGAUUAUGGAGAAUUUGUUGCUAUGAUGCAAAAAGGAAAUCCAUGCAUAGGAAGACGAACUAUGCGAAAUAGUCUGAAUUUCAGCAUGAGAGAUGCGCCCGGAGCUCAUUAGCUUUUUGAAUGGGCAUAUUAUUUAGGCUACGUUAGAUAUUGCAGAACGUGGUGCAUCUUUUAUUUGGAGCAUGAAAUUUGGAUUUGCUCUUGGUCAUGUUAUGUGUAGAAGGUAUUGCGACAUUCAUACCAGCUAGUUUGCAUGUUUUACAGAGAACAUAGCAGAGGCGAUGAAACUACCAAAACAACGUCUGCUACCCAGUCCUGACAGGAGCAUGCCAUGCUCUCAAGUUUGAUUAGAAGAGGAUGACUGAAAGAGCUCGUAGACUGCUAUUGGCUUGCUGUGUGCCUCAACAAAAUGUUGAAAUCUCUGUAGACCUUAGUGUGUGAAAUUGUUUCAGCUGCCCAGUGUUCUUUAGUUGAGGCUUCACGCUUGCUUCAAUUAGAAGGAUACAUCCUUCUCAAUCAGUUUCACAUUUGUAAUUUACAUAAUGUUGUAUUUUAUCCAUGAGUUUUUUUCUCUAUUGGGAGACGUGUCUUUAUUGUUUUAAAAGGGAAAGAACACGAUUUGGUGCAACAAUUUACACAAGCUAUGUUUGCAGAACAUGGUCGAUGACGAGCUUGAUUUAAUCACAACAUAUUCUGAUUUCCUCCUUUUCA